AUGGGGAAAACUUGUUGUAUUCUUGCAUGUAUAGUCCUACUCCAAAUGUCUUAUUAUUGCCUAGCCAUAAAAUAUUCGACCACCCUCGAAACCGAUAAAUCUGCUCUUCUUGCCCUGAAAUCUCAUAUCACUUUGGAUCCUGUUAACAUACUUACCGAAAAUUGGACGAAUUCGAGCUCUGUCUGUAGAUGGAUUGGAGUCACUUGCGGUGUGCGACAUAAUCGAGUAAUUGCACUCGAUAUUUCCAACAUGAAUCUCUCGGGCGCAGUUCCGCCACAACUAGGAAACCUCUCCUUCCCUGUUUCACUCGAUUUUAGUUUCAACCUUUUCAGUGGUGUUCUUCCUCAACAAUUGUCCUUUCUACACAGAUUGAAGUAUAUUUCUUUCAGAGUAAACAAAUUGAGUGGAGAAAUUCCACCGUGGUUGGGUCUGCUAACUAAACUCGAGUAUUUUUCUCUACGAAAUAACAGCUUUACCGGUUCCAUUCCAACUUCCGUCUCUAAUCUGACAAAUCUACGAGAUCUUGAUUUUUGUUUCAAUUCUCUUCAAGGAAGUAUUCCAGAAGAUAUGGGAAGGCUUCACAAUCGGCAGGAUUUGGUCAUUCAAGAGAAUCGUCUCUCCCGUCAUAUACCAUCAUCCAUAUUUAACAUGCCGACCCUGGAAGUUAUAGCUUUCACAGGAAAUGAAUUGAGUGGUAGCCUUCCAAGUGACAUGUGCACUCAUCUUCCAUUUCUUCAAGGAAUUUACCUAGCUAAAAACCAGCUAAGUGGCGAAAUUCUAUCAAGGGCUAUCCCAUUGGAGAUCGGCAAUCUUCAAAACCUGGCUGGAUUUUCAAUUCCCCUUAGUAUUUUCAAUAUUUCUUCUCUCCAACUUUUACACCUCAAUCGCAAUGAAUUGUCUGGAAACCUCCCAAAAGAUGUGGCAAAUCUUACGGAGCUCAAAAUUUUAUAUAUCUCGUACAACAAAUUAACAGGUGAUUUACAACGAGAAAUUGGCAAAUUUUACCAGCUGGAAGAAUUAGGAUUGGAAUUUAACCACUUGAGUGGUUUAAUUCCACCAGAGUUCUUUAACAUGUCAAAUCUUCAAAUCCUUGCACUCACAGGGAAUGGCCUAACAGGGGGUUUUCCGAGAAAUUUGGAUUACGGGUUACCCGCUCUUGAACACCUUGGCCUUGGUUCAAAUUACUUCAAUGAAGCAAUACCCGGCUUCAUUGCUAAUUGUUCUAAACUCAGAAUCAUCGCACUCAAUUUUAACAAAUUCACCGGUUCCGUACCUUACUUUUUUGGUAACCUAAGACUCCUGAUCUCUAGAGAACCUCCAAAUUAG